CUCACACAAACACUACUCACCCAUCUUCUUCUUCACUUUCUUCCCAAAUCCAUCACCAAUCGUAAUCGCGCUCUUGUUCCUGCUCUUUUCCAUUCUCACUCCUGGGCUUGCCCUCCUCCCUCUUUCCCCUUUCCCCCCCUUCGCUUCCAACACCAACCACGAGCCUCAAUCAGUUUUAGGCUUUGGGAUUGCGAUUCUCUCUCUCUCUCUCUCUCUCUCUCUUUCUGAUUUUUUUUUUUUUUAAUAAUUUGUGAGGGAGAAAGGAAGAAUGUCGAAGAAGAAAGUCAGUGGCAACACCAUGACGCUCAAGGACUUCCAUGGUGGCUCCAUACCCUCUGAUCUCCCUCUACCUUCUGCUCCCGGCGUGACUGUGAGGGCUUCAGAUCGUCCUGGUUAUGAUCGGCCGUCGGCGUGGGGGACGGGGAUGGGCCGGUCGGAUCAUUGGUCUCGGCCACACACGUCGCCGGCGACUAGGCAUUAUGACGACAAAACUCCGUUUCUGUCACACACUGCCCCAAUUGGCAGGAAUUUUGAUGAGGAUGAGAGGAAGCCCCUUGAUGGUGUUUCUGCUCCAAGGAGGACAAUCAGUGAUGAGAGCAUCCGUGGGCCGCCUUCUCGUGUUGAGGCGCGGCUGGAGUAUGGACUGGGAGGGAGUUCAUUGGGCAGGCAAGUGGCUCCAGUGUCUCAAACUCCGGUUGGGACAGGUAAUUCAUACUCGGCGAGGCUUACUGAUGCGGCUCAUGUGGGGAUGAAUCCUCAGAGUUUAGGAGGUAGUAAGGAGCAGGGAACUGCUGGUAGUAGUGGUGGUGGUGGUGGUUAUCCCAAUGCAUGGUCAAUGAGGAAAGAAGUGGCAAGUGCUGUUGAGCCGGAGCAGCCAGCUUGGUCUAGUGCUAGUGCUGCUUCGAAGUUGGCGCAUGCUAGUGCGCUUGAGAAGGUGUCUUCUGGUAGAUGGCAGUCAAAGGCUGUGCAUUAUCAGACGGAUGCUGAGGUGGUUAGGUCUCCUGAAGUGGAGAAUAGACCACGUGCCAAUGUUAAUGGCGUUGGUGUUUAUAAUAGGGUGGAUGCAGUGGGUGAAAAGGAGUAUUAUGAUGCAAUGCUAGCUAGACAUGCUGAAAGGGGUUUAGGCAUUGAUAAUCAGAUGCAGGGCGGUAGGAAUGAGUUGUUGAAUUAUGAAAGAUCUGGGGUUUCCAGGUAUUCAGAUGUUCGGCCGACAACUGCACCUUAUCACUCUGACGUGAGUCAGCUGGCUCGAAAUGAUAGCAAAAUUGUUGGGUCUGAUUUGCAGCACCCCAUGCCUUCUGAACCUAUUGAGCGACCUAAACUGAAGUUGCUGCCAAGGGUAAAGCCACUGGAAAGUUCAGAACCUGCUGUUAUGGAAUAUACACAGGGUAAUCGUCAGGUUAAUGAUUCUGGCCAUGUUGAAGCUGUUUAUCAGGCGCAUGGCCAUGCCAAUUUUAUGAAGCCUGUAUCAGCUGGGACUGAAAGUGGGAAGGAGAUAGGACAGCGCCCAAAGCUGAAUUUGAAGCCUAGGUCUCAGCCCAUUGAAAAGUUGGACGGAAACAGUGAAAGAGACAGGAAUGCUUUAUUUGGUGGAGCUCGCCCACGAGAACUAGUAUUGAAGGACCGAGGGAUUGAUGAUGUUGCAAAAAUCAAUUAUGAUGUGGUCGAGCAUUCAAAUAGGGUUGAAAACAAUAUUUUGAGGGCUGAGAAACAUCCUGACCAUUCAACCCAGACUCGGUACAGUGAAAAAGCGGAGGAUGCUCAUCUUGAUCAAAGGACAGGCAGAAAACCGGAAAGGAAGGAGCAAAGGGCAGAUGGUGAAAAGGUUCAUACGCCGAGGAGGAACUGGCGAGGUGAUAAUCGGAGAAAUGGGAGGGAGAUCGAUAGGCCGCAGCAGCCCAGUGAGAGGCAACCUUCACCUGAGACAUGGCGUAAGCCAGUGGAGCAGCCUAGAUCAUCUCCGGCUGGUGCUGCUGGCAUACGGCACAGUAGAGCAGCUUCGGCAGUUGAACUUGCUCAAGCAUUCUCCAGAUCUGUAUCAGAUCCAAAAGUAAAUGAUAAUAGGUUUCCAGGUCAAAGGGGGCUGAACACUGGCAGCAGCAGGGCACAGGUGCCUUUUUCACGACUUGUUGGUCCUACAUCAAGGCCUCAGAUCAAUGGUUAUUGAGUCUUUGGUGGAUAAUUGAAACUCAUCAAAGACCAAUUUCUAGGAGACAGCAUUGGAUUCACGGAGAGUGGAAUUACAAAACACUUCAUGGAGGGGCUGUGGCUUUGAUUAUUUUCUCCUCAAUCACAAGCACGAGUGAGAAAGUUAAAACGAUUGCCAGUUACCUAGCGUUAGUUAUGACAAUACCAGUUUACAAUCACCAUGUUUUAUCCUUUUUUUUUUUUUUCCCUUGUCCCCAUAUCAUUUGCUUCCAGAACACUAAUUUAUUUUUCUUGGUCAUUGUGGUGGAGGUGAAAGGGCUGUUGCCUAAUGAAAACAUUGUAGCAUGAUUAACUCCAUAAAAUUGUUCUAGUUUCAUCAUAGUUAUCUUGGACAAUUUAUGGAUCAUGAUCUCGGAUUUCUAAUUUGAAAUGAUUCCUUACUGCUCAGCUUA